CAUAUCAAAUCACACAAGCGAUACCAGCUUACUAACUCCGGUUUAAAUUUCUUGCAUAGUAUAAAAGUCCAACCUUUUACUCUAUACGUCCAUACCAAGUUUCGAUUUUUCAUCACAGAUAUCAUUCAACUUUUAUCUUAUUUUCAAUUCACUUAAUUUUUACACAUAACAAUAAUGACCAUUGAAUCUGAAGCUCAAUACUCCUUCGGUACCAAGGCUGUACAUUCUGGUGCUCCAUUAGACCCAACCACCGGUGCUGUCAUUGAACCAAUUUCCCUUUCCACCACUUUUGGUCAAUCUGAACCUGCUAAGCCAUUGGGUAUUUACGAAUAUUCCAGAUCUGCCAACCCAAACAGAGACAACUUUGAAAUUGCUGUUGCUGCUUUAGAAAACGCCAAGUACGCAAUUGCUUUAUCUUCUGGUUCUGCCACCACUGCCCUUGUCAUUCAAUCCUUGCCAGUCGGUUCCCACAUCAUCUCUGGUGGUGAUGUUUACGGUGGUACUUAUAGAUACUUCACCAAGGUUGGUGACACCCACGGUGUUCAAGCUGAGUUUGUUGGUAACUUGGUUGAAGACUUGAGUGGUGCAUUGAAGGAAAACACCAAGUUGGUUUGGUUGGAAACUCCAUCUAACCCAACUUUGCAAGUUACUGAUAUCGCCAAGGUUGCUGAAAUCUUGAAGGAACACGAAGCCAAGACCGGUAACAAGGUUUUAUUGGUUGUUGACAACACCUUCCUUUCUCCAUACGUUUCCAACCCAUUGAGUCACGGUGCUGAUGUUGUUGUCCACUCCGUUACCAAGUACAUUAACGGUCACUCUGAUGUUGUCAUGGGUGUUUUAGCCACCAACAACGCUGACUUGCAUGAAAAGUUCAGAUUCUUGCAAAAUGCCAUUGGUUCCAUUCCAUCUCCAUUUGACUCUUGGUUAGCUCACAGAGGGUUAAAGACUUUGCACUUGAGAGUUGGCCAAGCUUCUGCUUCUGCUCAAAAGAUUGCUGAAUACUUGGUUCAACACCCAGCUGUUUUAAAGGUUAACUACCCAGGAUUGAAGUCCCACAAGAACCACGAUGUUGUUUUACGUCAACACAGAAACGGUUUAGGUGGUGGUAUGAUUUCCUUCAGAAUCCAAGGUGGUGCCAAGGGUGCUGCUCUCUUCACUUCUGCCACUAAGUUGUUCACCUUGGCUGAAUCUUUGGGUGGUAUCGAAUCCUUGAUUGAAGUUCCAGCCGUUAUGACCCACGGUGGUAUUCCAAAGGAAGAAAGAGAAGCUAACGGUGUUUAUGAUGACUUGGUUAGAGUUUCCGUUGGUAUUGAAGAUACCGAAGACUUGUUGAAGGACAUUGAACAAGCCUUGGAAAAAGUUUCUGCUUAAACGGUGAUGUUAUUGUAGAAAGUUGUAUGUAUUAUUAGUCGGGCAUGAUUUUAUAGUUAAUUAUUUAAUCAAUAGAGCAUUUUUAAUUU